CUAGCGGCGUGCUGGCUGCGAGCCGCGCGGCGCGGCGGCCCCUCGGACGGCAGCCGAGCCCAUGAGCAGGUAGGCCCUGCCCCGCUUUUGCCGCGUCCUUAGUUGAGCCGCCGAGCCGUGCCCUGUCCCCUAGGUCCGCGGGCUGCUCUGCAGGCGAGGCCGAAACGCGGCCGUUGAUGCGGGCUCCGAGCCCCGUCGGCUGCCUCUCUGGCGUCCGGCUGCGCUCAGUGUCGGAACGACGUCCACGCUCGCAGGCCAUGCUUCAGCCCGACUCGAUGAACGCGGAGACCGCCUCACUGCCGGGCAGUCGCCGAAACCCACUCGAUGUCUUCACCAGCAUGUUCAGGCGGCGUUCGCUGCGGCCGGCGGGCGGGCCGAGCAUGACGCAGUCGUCGGAUCGCAUAUGGGAACUGCUCUCCACGUCGCCGGUGCGUGUGCGCAACCUGGAGCAGGACAUGGAGGCGCUGCGCCAGUCGCGUCAUGACAACCCUUACCUGCAGCAGCAGAUGGAGCGAUUCUCGAUUCAGGACGAACCCGCGGCGGCCGACGAGCGACAGCUGCUCUUCCCGCCCGACGACUUCCGUGACCUGCACAAGCACCUGAUCCGCAGCCCGCCGCCCCAGUUCCCGCAGGAUGUGGCGCACUUCGUCUUCCCCGGAUCGCCGCCGCCGGAGGACGAGACCAUGAUGGAACCCGAGAUGCUGGGCCACCCGGGCCCAUGCAGCACGGAGCCGACGCGCCAGGUGCCGCAGGAAACGCGUGACCAGAUGUCGUCCAGCUACCCGGCGGACGACGUACACCGCGGCUUGGCCCGCGCCGCGGCCACUACUCGGUGAAGGGUAGCGCCGCGCCGCCGAGCCCCGGCUUGCCGGCGACCCCGCAUCGCUCAAGCGGUCGCCGGCGGACCGAGCGCGUGCGGACACCAGGGCUCAACGACCUCUGCUGCCACGCUGGCGGACCAGUGGGAGCACGCGUCCUUCGGUAGUGCUGCUUCUACGGACACCGGCGGGGACGUCCCUCGGUUCGCAAAGCGGCCUUCAUCAGCAAAUGGUUUUCAAGAGCCGCUCAAAGCUGCAAUGGGUCCAGGACGGGGAGAGACGUUUACGAAAACCGCAAACACUGCGUCCAUACAUUAAAGAGCGCUGUGCUCCGCUUCUGUAAAUGAGGCUGCCAAAGGUAGCUGCAGUUUCGCGCAGAU